AUGUCAACAGAAGAUAAAGACAUAUGUGGACUUGAAGACUGGGUCCCUAUUCCAGUUAACGAUUCGACCACCUCGAUAACUGACCUUGCAGUCGCUGUUUCGAACAUACCAUUCGGUAUCUUCGCCUUUCUUACCAACCUUGCAAUCAUUGUGACUGUAAUCAAAACACCAUCUCUGCAAAGGUCUUCAAACAUUCUGCUAUGCAACCUGGCUACCGCAAACUGUUUGGCGGGCGUAACAGUUCAACCAAUAUUCGCUGUAUGGUGGAUAAACGUCCAGUAUGUCCAAAACACCUGUUCUUCUCAGCAGCAACUUAGCACUGCUUUUAGUGUGUCCAAUAUCUUGAUGACAGGGUUAUCGUUUACAAACUUGGCAGUCAUCAGCGCCGAUCGCUGUUACGCUGUGUCCAGGCCUUUCGCCCAUCGCGCAAAAGUCACGAAGGAAGGUAAAAAAUAGUAUUAUUAUUUCGACAUAUAUUUAUUUAUUUGCUUAUUGUGACAGGACGCUGUGUGCAAAGUCUCCAGUACAGCCAUGACCAACCGGACGACAGGUCGAGCGCGUUGUGGAUUCAUACUUCUACCUCUGCGGCUACAAGUAGCUGCAUCACCAUGAGUUACUUAUUUGCAAAAAAAAAUUAACCGACCACCCCAAAAGAGAGAUUAACGGCUGUUGAAACUGAAAAAAGCAAGCCUGCUAAGAAAAACAAUUUAGCUCUAAAGUAAAAUUAAUAUCUGAACCAGUAACAGUAAAUAUAAGCAACGAAAAGUAUUACUAUUUGCAAAAGCAAAAGUAUAGGGAAAAAGCAAAACAGAACAAAAAUAAAGAAGACAGUAACUCAGGACAGAAAAAUUCGAAUUAAGUUGGACUCACUGAAAAUAUUGCGAUGUUUUGAAAUUGUUACGACAGAACCCGGAAAUCGAUCACGAUGCUUACGGUGCUUGAUUGUGAUAUUGCUUAGGAUCACUAACUGAAGCAAGGAAGCUCCCCGGAGGAAUCUGGCAGCGGGCCGGGAAAAAGAAGGAGUCAGCUUGCAACAACGUCUCUGGAAUUUGAAUUCUGCCUCCAAUUCCCCUGUGGCUCCCCGUCGACUGAACUGUCAGAUUUCCGCCAAUCAGCGCGAAGCGGAAACGAGCCCGAAUGUACACAAACAUUGAAAAGCACGUAAUAGUACGCGCCAAGGGUAGUGACGUCAUUACUGAUGUCAUCUCCGCGGACAAUCAGCAUUUCGCAUCGACUUUUUCGAUGCAGAUACUCAAAUUCCAGAGACGUAGUUGCAAGCUCUCCGUCCUUUUCCCGCCCCGCUGCCACAGCGCCACGGAGACCUUGUUUGCGGGCUAAAGUCAGGCCAAUUUAUGCUGUUCGACCUAGCCACCGUAAAAAAUAAAUUAUACAGCGAUGGUUCAAACGCAAAUUAAUACGUCUCUUUUACCGUUCAGUUUUUUGAACUUGUAGAGAGAGCGGACCUUGCUAUGUUUGCAACAAGCCCAGCCUUUCUCCUUCUAUCGGCUCUGUCUUCCCCAGAGUUUUAAAAACUUUCCUCUACAAGCAUCAGAAUCCCUAGAAGCCUAUAUUGCCUAGAACUAAAAUAAUACAGAACGUUUUUAAACAAAUUUCGUUGAAAGAUUCUACUUUAAGUAUAUAUGAUUAAGUAGUUUCAUCAAAUCUUGACAUUUUAAAUCGAUCAUAAGUAUUACAUGAAUGAUAUUACACAGUGGUGACGAGAAGAAAUGAAUUUUUUUCUUGAGUGGCAAAAACAAUCUCACUCCAUUUUCUCUGAGUUCACUCGUGAAUUAGUUAAUAAUUUAUCAGUAAAUGGGCCAUUUCCGAGUUACCCCAAGCCUCUGUUUCACAGAGAGGUGAAGUACAAAGCCAUUGAUAUUAUUAUUAUUAUUAUUAUUAUUAUUAUUAUUAUUAUUUUAUUAUCAUUAUUUUAUUAUUAUCAUUAUCAUCAUUAUUAAUUAUUAUUAUUAUUAUUAUUAAUUAUUAUUAUUAUUAUUAUUAUCAUCAUUACUAUUAUUUCUUGUUAUUCUCCUGCAAAUGAAACUCAUGUUCACAAGAAAGGUUUUGCACCUAACCUCGCUUUAAAAGUGAGAGUUCUUUGAACUCGGAAAUAGCCUAUUCAAGGUACACGUAAAUAAAUAUUUUUUAAACAUUGAUUUAAAUGUUCAAUUAGAAUAAAUAUUUGUUUAUUUUUUAACACAGACAUAGUCAUAAUGAUAACAAUCUUACCAGUCAAAACUAGAAAGAAAAACUUAGAAUCUUAGGGAACAGCAUUAAAGCUUUAUGUUUUAAGACACAAAGUUUAAAGAAUUUAUCUCCACAUUUUCAGGUGUCACAAAGAUUGCUGUCACCACUUCAUUGGGCUGGACCGCUUUAACGUUACUUUGCAUGUUAAUUUUACCUUCAAAUCUGGGUUUCUUUAUUAUGUUAUCACUUGGUAUAUUAGUUAAUACUUUGCUAAUAGGCAACCACAUUGGGAUGUUAUUAGCCAUUCGAAAACACAAUCGUCAGGUAGCAGAUGCUGUUUCGGCUCCACAGCAGCAGUUGUCAGUAGUACUAAAACGCGAGAAGAAAGUAGCUAUGGAUAUGUUUAUUGUCCUUGUAAUUCUCGUAAUUUGUGUCCUUCCAAAAUUGACGGUCACCAUUUUCUAUCAGUCUCUCGGCAGCCUAUAUAACUCUUUGUAUCUGUGGUCCACAACUUUCUCACUGUUGAACUCAUGCAUAAAUCCAGUUUUUUACCUGUGGAGGUACUCUGACCUCAGAGAUUCUCUGAGAUCCAUGAUUUAUUAUUAG